AUGGUCCACCUCGAUGGCGGAGGAAGCAAUAUUGCACAACAGUGUGGAUUUACAAGAUCGGCUGUGGUGAUUAUUGGGGCAGGCUUUUCAGGAAUGUGCAUGGCUAUCAAAUUGCUCGAACAGAAGAUAGAAGAUUUUGUCAUUCUUGAAAAAAGCACUGGGUUCGGCGGAACAUGGAAGGAUAAUGCCUAUCCAGGAUGCUGCUGCGAUACGAGAAAGUAUGAUCUCUACAGAUUUGUGAGAUUCGCUUCGCACGUCGAUGAAGCAACGUGGGAUGAGAGGGCACAACAAUGGGACGUCUCUGUUAGGGUGAUGUCAGGGAAGGAAGCUGAGGCUUGCCAGCGAUACACCCUGAGUACCGAUUUCCUUGUUGCUGGCCUUGGUCAACUCAAUGAACCGCAUCAUCCUAAAAUACCAGGAGAGGACGAAUUUCGGGGCAAAAUCAUGCACUCUGCACGAUGGGACUGGAGUUAUGAUCUCCGUGGCAAGCGUGUGGGCGUCAUUGGCAACGGUGCGACUGCAGUGCAAGUAGUUCCCGAGCUGGCCAAGGUAGCCUCUCAUCUCACUAUAUUCCAACGCACGCCCAACUGGGUGAUUCCAAGAAUGAACGAGGUUGUGCGUGAAUGGAAGAAGGUUCUUCUUCGAAGAUUGCCCUUCGUCAUGAACCGAUUAAGGGCCGAGACCAUGGACAGCAGGGAGGUAUACUACCAGGCGUUGAUCCAGAGGCAUUCCACUGAGUCUUCCGACCUGGCCCAAUUCUGUCAAAACUUCAUCCAGUCUCAGCUACCAGACCGCCCCGACCUGUGGAAAAUCCUUACUCCGAACUAUCCUCCUGGCUGCAAGCGUAUUCUCAUCAGUGAUGACUAUUAUCCGGCCUUACAUCUGCCCAAUGUCACUCUCGAAACCAGAAAUAUUCAGCGCAUUACACAGACAGGCAUUGUUGUUAAAGGCCACGACACUAAUGAGCCAGAGGAGCCCAUCAUCCUUGACCUCAUUAUUCUGGCUACCGGAUUCUCGACCCAGAAUUUUAUGCACGGUAUCAAGGUACACGGAAUUGGAAAACGGUCGCUGGACCAGAUUUGGAAUAAGGGCGCCAUGGCGCUCUACGGAGUUACCGUGGAGAGCCUCCCAAACUUUGGCAUGCUCUACGGACCAAAUACGAACCUAGGUCACAAUUCGAUCAUUCUCAUGAUCGAAGCCCAAGUUCGGUACCUCAUCCCUCUUGUGAAAGAGGUUGUCAGUGCUCGGCAUCGCGGCCAAGCACUGUCCUUGAUGCCGAGACCAGAGCGGAUCAGCGACUGGAAUAAGAAGUUGCAGAGCGACCUCGCAACUUCAUCCUUUGCCGACCCCAGAUGCAGCAGCUGGUACAAAACUGAGGAUGGCCUCGUCACAAACAACUGGAGCGGACCAGUAACAGAAUACCAGAAGUUGAUGUCCACAGUUGAUUGGUCCGACUUUGAGUUCAACGGCCAGUCAACCAAUGUGCCCAAAGGGGAGCUACGUAUCGGCAGGAUCGUGGAGGGAACUCUUUUAGGAUAUCGCUCGCUGAUUUCUGGGACAGCGCUAUGUGCCUUGGCUGCUGCAGGCUUCAUUUCGUAUUUUUGGCAGUAG